AUGAAUAAUAAAUCAAAAUUUAAAACAUUAGUUAUUAUUGAUCUUGAAACAACUGGUUUAAUAUAUGAUGAACCUAAAAUUACUGAAUUAGCCAUGGUCGCUGUUAAUAUUACAACAUUGGAAGAAAUGAAAGUUGAUGAAGAAUUACCUCGAGUAUUAAAUAAAUUUGUUAAAUUGUUUGAUCCAGUAAAAUUAUUACGUGCUUCAGUAGCUGAAUUAACUGGUUUAAAUAAUCGUAUGUUAGUAGAUUAUGCACCAUUUAAUCGUGAAACAGUUAUUGCUAUGGAAACAUUUUUAAGUGAUUUUCAAAAACCAAUGUGUUUUGUUGCUCAUAAUGGUAAUUUAUUUGAUUUUCCUAUUCUAUUCAGUGAAAUUAAAUCUGCAUUAUCCAGUCCUUCAUUUUAUGCUAAUAUUACUACUAAUAAUAAUCAUAAUAAUAAUCAUAAUGAAUGCAUUUUGGAAACGAAUACAACUAUUUCAAAUGAUAAUGUAUCUUUAGCUUGUCUGACAACAAAAGAUUCAUGUAUACAAACAAUAACAACACGUGAUGAUUAUAAUCAAACUUCAUUAUUAUCUAUAGAAUGUGCUGAUUCACUUGUUUUCUUUCGACAAAUACAUCGAUUACUUAAUGACAAGGAUUUAGUUCAAUAUCUAAAUGAAAAUAUUCCAUUAGAACCUUUUUCAGUCAUAUCGAAUCAAAAUGAAUGUCAGAAUAAUGUAUCAGUUGAUUCAAAUGAAUUAGCAUCAUCAUCAUCAUCAUCAGCUACAGCAACUAAUCAUAAUUCAUCAUCUCGUCUUGGAUAUGUUGAAAUACCUAUUAAAUAUAUACCUUCACAAGAUCCAACACGACAACAACAACAACAACUAUCAAUGAAACUUAUUAAAAUUUAUGAAAGAGAAUUUAAUCAAAAAGCAUCACAAUUAAAAUCUCAUCGUGCUGAAGAUGAUUGUUUAAUGCUUUUAGCUCUUUUAAAACGUUAUUUACCCGAUUGGCUUGAAUGGAUCGAAUUAAAUCAUCAAUCAUUAAGUAAUUUUUCUUCUUUACCAUUUACAUCAACAAAACAAACUUUACCAAAAUCUACUGAAAAUACAAAACGACCAUUAAAAUUUUAA